GGUGGGAAUCGGUGCUGGUUUGUAUACAUUGGUCUGCCACAAUAAAGAGGGGUGUUCAGAUGAUUUGGGCAUGGGGCGGUGGGGGCGUAGGGAGGAGCUGGUUCAUGGUGUGGGUGUGUGUGGGUGUGUGUGUGUGUGUGUGUGUGUGUGUGUGUGCGUGUGUGUGUGCGUGUCCGUGUGCGUGUGUGUGUGUGUCUGUGCUUUCCAAUAGCUAUGAAAUCUGAGCACAGCCUGGGAUGUGAUGGGAAGAGGCGUUGCCAUGGAGACUGGGCUUGCACGUAUUCCUGUAACCAAUCCCUCCCAUUAUAUACAUUGAUUUUUGGCAUUUACUGUACAGUGCAUCAAUAAGGAAUGAUCGGGCAGUCAUGCGUCCCAGGUCCAGAUUACUGGCUAAACGCGGCCUUCCCACCAUCAGGGAGGGCUAUGAAGAGCUGGUGCAGGACCUGAACCAGACCAACAGCCAGCACACCACCACACAAGACUACUUCCUUUCUAUCUGCCAUCUGGCCCGGCCCACCUUUCCUCUGCAUGAGCCCGAUUGUGACAUCCUCUCCAUCGGCCCUUUGGAUUCUCCAAAGCCCUGCCUACGACUGCAACGCCUGCGUCAGCAUCUGCAGCAUCCGCAGCCCCACACCUCCACAAGCAGCGACCAGACUGUUGAACAAGCCCAUAAAGAGAAAGAGACCACCAGAUCUGCUCCAUCAGAACCGCUGCAGGCCCAGGCUGCCCCAGAGGAGGACAACGGAUGCAGAGAUGACAUCCCAGGCCCCGCAGAUCCGCUGGAGUACCUCUACAGCCACAGAGGUGUGCUAGCGCACUCCACCAGAAGGGGCAGCAUUCCCCCGCGCCGACCACGCAGCGACACCUUCCCAUGCUGUUCCUCGACACCUGAUGUCCAGCGGAAAAGCAGCUGCCCAGAGCUUUGUCUGCCUGAGACGGUCCCUGCGGUGACGGUCCUGCAGCGGUCGCCGCUCAGCAGGAAGAAGCUGGAUGAAGGCAGCCUGGCUGCACGCAGUUGCACUCCCAACAAGCUCGACGGCACCCCUGCUGGUUGGAGGGGAAAGAGCAGUCGUUGCAUGGACAAACAGACUAUAGUGUCCCACUGGAUCUCAGAAUGCCGCAGCGCAUGGAAGGAAGCCCGCAUUCGCGCAUGCAUGCUGCCCGCCAUUGCCGAGAAGUAAUCUACGCCUGCGAAAAUCUCUUUCCAGUGAGGUUGAAUAUCACGUAGUGUAACGUGGAUUAUUGUGGAGUUAUGACUUUGCACUUCAGGUUUAUAUGCAUAUAAAU